UAUCGACCUCUAUCGGCCUUGAUGCCGCGGUUUCCGUAUGCCAUAUCCGUUGCACGCUACAUGUGAGAAUUUUUGUAACGAAAAUCCUUUUGUAUGUAGUUGCCAGCAAAUUUAAAGAAAAAUGGACUUAUCUGAAAAGAGACAAGGAUACGCUACCUGUCAGCCACUACAGAAACUCUUUGUUCUGUAUGAACAUGCUGCUGGUUAUUCUUUGUUCCGCGUCAAGGAAUUUGAAGAAAUUGGUAUGUUGUUACCCCAAGUAAAGGAGACGGUAAAGGAUUUAUUGCGUUUCCGUAGUGUUGUAACCCUUGUUGGGUUUGCACCCUUUAAGACAGCAGUGGCUGCUCUGGAAAAUAUCAACAGCAUUUCAGAGGGAAUCAUUACAGAAGAUUUAAAAAUCUUCUUGGACUCUUGUUUACCCGAAUCCACUAAGCAAGAGAUUGUUAUUCUCGGGGUUGCUGAUCCCAAAUUGGGUGUUAACAUUAACGAAGCACUCGGUAUAAAAUGUGAUCAUCUCAACGCUGUUCCUGAGAUCAUCAGAGGAAUAAGAUUUCAUUUUCACAACUUGGUGAAAGGCUUUACCCCUCAGACCUCUACUGUUUCGCAAUUGGGUCUCGGGCACAGUUACUCCAGAGCUAAAGUUAAAUUUAACGUGAAUCGAGUGGAUAACAUGAUUAUCCAGAGCAUAUCUUUACUGGACCAAUUGGAUAAAGAUAUCAACACAUUUAGCAUGCGCUUACGAGAAUGGUACGGAUAUCACUUCCCAGAACUUGUGAAAAUAGUUCCAGAAAAUUAUAUGUAUGCAAAAGUGGCAUUGGUAAUAAAAAAUAAGAAAGAAUUCACGGAAGAAAAUAUGGGAGCAUUAGAAAAUGCCGUCAUGGAUCUUGCGAAAGCACAGGCUAUUGUCAAUGCAAUAAAAUCGUCUAUGGGUAUGGACAUCAGUCCAGUAGAUUUGAUGAAUGCCGAGAUCUUUGCUGAGCGCAUAAUUUCCCUAACUGACUAUAGAAGGAAAAUGUCAUCCUAUCUCGGAUCCAAAAUGUCGAGCGUGGCACCGAAUUUAGCUACUUUAAUUGGGGAUCAAGUCGGUGCUAGAUUGAUAGCACAUGCUGGCUCGCUCACAAAUUUGGCAAAAGCUCCAUCGUCCACACUUCAAAUAUUGGGCGCAGAGAAAGCCUUGUUUAGGGCAUUAAAAAGCCGCGGGAAAUCGAAUACUCCAAAAUAUGGUCUCCUGUUUCACUCCACAUUCAUUGGUCGCGCCAUUGCGAAGGAUAAAGGCAGAAUAGCGCGAUUCUUGGCAAACAAAUGUUCACUCGCUUCUAGAAUUGAUUGUUUCGGUGAAAUACAAACGAGCAUAUUCGGUGAGAAGUUACGGCAACAAGUAGAGGAAAGAUUGGAGUUUUUCACAUCAGGCAAAGAACCUAAAAAGAACAUAGAUGCGAUGAGGGAGGCAUUGGAGGAAACGCGGCAGAUGUUGGCUGAACAAGCAGCCGUAAAAAAAAAGAGCGAUAAGAGGAAACGAAGCGAUGUGCUUGAAAACGGCUUGAAAAAGGAGAAUGGGCAUGCCGUGAACGGCGAGGCUGACACGUCGUUACCGAAGAAAAAAAAGAAGAAAUCGAAAGGGACUACUGACAAAUAAGAAUUUAUCGUAGAUUUUAUUAUGUAUAUUAUUCUAUAGUAAUAUGAUAAAAUAAUUUAAUAUAAACAAUCAUCCGUUUUUGUGUAUAUAUAUAUAUAUAUAUAUACAGGAUAUUUGGCACAAGACGUGUCAACCUUAAGUAUGCAAAUAGAUUUGAUUAAACUGAACAAGAAAGUUUUCUAUACUUUCGCAAACGGGCACGUGAAAUGUUAUGACAUAUAAGAUAUAGUUUUGUCUUUUCAAAGAUGUUUUUGCUAAUCGCUAUCAUUGAAGCUUCGAAAAUACUAUUUUCCAAUUCAGGUUUGUAAAUUUCUCAGAAGCGGCAGCACAUAAACUUGUACAAUUUA